CGGGAAGUUGUCAUCGAAAGGUUCCGUUCGUCGUCUCCAUCCCAAGCCCAGCCAGAAACGAAACCUCGCAGCACCGCGCGACCAGCCGAAAAAUAACAGCGACAAUGUCGAGUUCCAACAACCUUGUAGCCAUGAAAAAGGUCGUACAGCAGCUGCGCUUCGAGGCGAGCAUAAACAGAGUGAAGGUGUCCCAAGCAGCUGCGGACCUCCAGCAGUUCUGCAUGCAGAACGCCAUGCAAGACCCCUUGCUCACUGGCGUAUCAUCCAGCACCAACCCAUUCAGGCCACAAAAGGUCUGCUCUUUCUUGUGAACUCGCUGCGGUCAUUUGGCAUUUAUUUUGAUGCUACAGGGAAACGUCGACCUCAACACUGCUCCUCAUGCCAAGCCAUUAAAACUGCCACCGGGGUGGGGGGUGGGGGUGUUCUCUUGAGUGUAUUAUACAUCAGAACCAUGUCGGAGAAGACAACCAUCUAUUUUCAGCCACAGCAAAAGAAGACGAUGAAAGGAAGCAGUUUUAUUUUUCAUGGCACAGUGUGGAUUUUUAAUUAAUUGUGCCUUUUCUAUUCUAUUUUAGUCAUUACUCUUCUGGACUUUUUUGUAUUUAAUGAAUAAAAACAUUCUUUGUUACUCCAAA